AUGAUUUCCAACGACAAUCUAAUAAACAGGGAAGAACAACAACCAAUUACAAUUACAAGUGUGCAUUAUGUAGAAGAUAUGGAUGGAGAUGUUGAGAAAAAUAGAAAGAAUCAAUCCAAAAAACUCAAAACUUGUGGACAACAACAAUCUGAUAAAUUAAAUAAUGAGGCAAUAAACACAAAUAACAAUUGUGGUGUCAAACGUAGUCCUUUUGGAAUAUUGUCUAGAGCAAAUCGAUUAUUAAUUAUGUUGGGAAUGACUUUCUUUUAUUUUUUAAUCGAGCUUGUUUUUGGUUAUGUAUCUCAUUCAAUGGCAUUAAUUGCUGAUUCUUUUCAUAUGAUGAGUGAUGUUAUGGCAUUAACUAUUGCUUUUGGAUGUUUAAAGAAGUGCCAAAAAUACAUUUGGUUGGGUUAG